AUGUUUUACAUAGCCAAAAAAACAGAUGAUGAAAGCGUGGCACAAUGGAGUGCUCGUUUAAGAGACUUCGCAUCAAAAUGCGGUUUCGGAACAGAAUUAGAAGUCGUGAUGCGUGACGUGUUCGUAGUCGGAAUGGGAUCAGGACGGGUUCAAGACCGUCUGUUGGAAGAGGAUACGUCAAGUCAAACAGUCACGCUGGUUAAAUUGGUGGAAAUUGCAACCAACAAGGAAGCAACAAUCAACGCAAGCAAGCAGUGGACAGCAGGAGAUGCGUCAAUCAACUUCACUAGACCAAAAGAAGGGGAAAACCAUCACAAAGCAGACAAGGGGAGGGGACGACAGCCACGUCAACGGCAAGGUCAAAUGCGGUGUCUGCGGGCGCGCUAA